AUGAUGGACCCUUCUUCCGGCUUCACGCCCAAGACAGCUAGUGCUAGCUGGACGCACGCCGAACUUCUACAGAACUACCGCGAGCUCCACGCAGAGUACGACAAGUACGCGACGCUCGCCGCGCAGUUCGACGGGACCAGAUUACCCUUUGGACGAGAGCGCGGGCUUCACAACCUAGUCAAUGCACGAGCGAAGGUGGAGCAUGAUAUCAAGAGACUUAAGAAGACGUACCAAGAAGAGUGGAUGAAACUAGCGUCUCAGAAUCUCGAUGCGAAGCUCCGUGAGGCGCUCGAACAAAGUCGAGACACGCUGGCAGCUGUCUUGGACGAAGAUCGCCGCCCUCCGCCUGACAAACUGAUGAAGGAGAAGGCAGAAUUGCAGAACGAGAAGAGUAAUCUGUUGUUGCAGUUGCGAGAGUUGUUGUACAGAUAUAAAGAGCUGCUGGAGAAGCAGAAGAAAGGGGAGAAUGAUUGCAAUGUCAGCAAUGUGCAAGAGGUGGAAGGCGAGAGAGACCUGCUGCGAGAAGACCUCGAUAUUGCACGGGUGGAGUGUGAGAAGUUGAGACAGGAAGUAAAAUACCUUCAGGAGGUAUUCGGGGUAAAGGAUUAG